AUGGUUUCCGGUGUCUUUACGAAGGGGCUUCUGCUCCUGGGCCUCUUGUCCGGCCUGUCGCUUGGUCAAGAUGAGAAGCCUCUCUACAAGGAUCCCAGCGCUCCGGUGGAGGAGCGCGUCAGCGACUUGCUAGGCCGCAUGACGCUCGAGGAGAAGAUGUCUCAAUUGAUUCAGGGCGAUAUCACCAACUGGAUGAAUGAGACUACUGGAGAAUUUAACCUCACGGGUUUGGAAUGGAGUACGGAAAUGAGGGGUGGAAUGUUCUACGUUGGAUAUCCUGUGCCGUGGGAUUUCAUCGCAGAUAACGUCAAGAGAGCUCAGGACUAUAUUCUCCAGAACACCACUCUGGGAAUUCCCGCCAUUGUUCAAACCGAGUCUCUCCACGGAUUCUUAAUCGGUAACGCAACGAUUUAUAACUCCCCCAUCGGAUUCGCAUGCUCGUUCAAUCCGGAACUGAUCGAAAAAAUGGCACGUCUCAUCAGCCAGGAGGCCACGGCCCUUGGAGUCAACCACCUGAUGGGACCGGUGGUUGAUCUUGCCCGUGAACUGCGAUUCGGAAGAGUGGAAGAGACAUACGGCGAAGACCCGUAUCUCGCAGGAGAAAUCGGAUACCACUAUACCAAGGGAGUCCAAAGUCACAAUGUCUCCGCCAACGUUAAGCACUUUGUGGGAUUCUCCCAGCCCGAACAGGGCCUGAACACUGCACCUGUUCACGGUGGAGAGAGAUAUCUGCGCACAACUUGGCUGCCAUCGUUCAAGCGCGCGAUUAUGGAUGCCGGAGCAUGGAGUAUCAUGAGUGCGUACCACUCAUACGACGGCAUCCCCGCCGUAGCCGACUACCACACCCUCACCGAAAUCCUGCGCGAAGAAUGGGGUUUCAAAUACUGGGUAACCAGCGACGCCGGCGCAACCGACAGACUCUGCACAGCCUUCAAGCUCUGCCGCGCCGACCCCAUCGACAAGGAAGCUGUGACACUCGCCGUGCUCCCAGCCGGAAACGAUGUCGAGAUGGGCGGCGGCUCAUACAACUUCGAAACGAUCGUCGACCUGGUCAAUGCCGGCAAGCUCGAUAUUGAAAUCGUCAAUACGGCCGUAUCACGUUUGCUCCGUGCGAAGUUCGAAAUGGGCCUCUUCGAGAACCCCUAUAACGGUGCUCCAGCGUCUGAGUGGCACAAGCUCAUCCAUACUCAGGAGGCUGUUGAUCUUGCCCGCGAGCUAGAUCGGGAGUCGAUCGUUCUGCUGGAGAACCAUGAUAACGCGCUCCCCCUGAAGAAGAGCGGCAGCAUUGCUGUUAUCGGACCCAUGGCGCAUGGCUUCAUGAACUACGGAGACUACGUCGUCUACGAAAGCCAGUACCGUGGCGUGACCCCACUAGACGGCAUCAAAGCCGCCGUGGGCGACAAGGCGACCGUCAACUACGCGCAGGGCUGCGAACGCUGGAGCAACGACCAGUCGGGCUUCGCCGAAGCCGUUGAAGCAGCCCAGAAAUCCGACGUAGCCGUCGUAGUCAACCGGCGAGCACGUCGACGUAAACAGUCUCAACCUCGUCGCGCCCAAGCGCCCCUCAUCAAAGCGAUCGUCGACACGGGUGUGCCCACCGUGGUCGUCCUCUCGAGCGGCAAGCCCGUCACGGAACCCUGGCUCUCGAACAGCACGGCCGCGCUCGUCCAGCAAUUCUACCCCUCCGAGCAGGGCGGCAAUGCCCUCGCGGACGUGCUGUUCGGCGACUACAAUCCCUCCGGGAAACUGUCCGUCAGCUUCCCGCGCUCCGUCGGCGAUCUGCCCAUCUACUAUGACUAUCUGAACUCGGCGCGCGAUAUCGGCGAUGCAGGGUACGUGUAUUCGAACGGGACGCUGGAGUUCGGGCACCAGUAUGCUCUUGGGAACCCCAAGGCGUGGUAUCCCUUCGGGUAUGGGAAGAGUUACUCGAGCUUCCAGUAUGGGGCUGUGACGCUUGAUAAGACGAAUGUGACGGCGGCGGAUACCGUGACGGUGAGUGUGGAGGUGAAGAAUACGGAUGCGGCGCGGGAUGGCACGGAGGUCGUGCAGGUGUAUGUUGUUGAUGAGCUGGCGUCGGUGGUGGUGCCGAAUCGGUUGCUGAAGGGUUUCAAGAAGGUGGUUGUUCCGGCUGGGCAGAGCAAGACCGUGGAGAUUCCGUUGCAGGUGCAGGAUUUGGGCCUGUGGAAUCUACGCAUGAAGUAUGUUGUGGAGCCGGGGGCUUUUGGGGUGCUUGUGGGCAGUAGCUCUGAGGAUAUUCGGGGUAACGCUACUUUCUAUGUGCAGUGA